CUUUCGCCAAACAUCCAAACUUACAAAAACACAGACAUCAAGGAUGGCAAGGGCCCCGCCACCUCCNNCCUCUUCAUCAACGAGAUCGAACGUCCCAAGCCCACCGCCGCUCAAGCCCUUAUCCGCGUCAAAGCCUUUGGUCUCAACCGCAUGGACCUGCUCCAGCGCGAAGGAAAAUACCCCGUACCUCCCCAAGCUCCCAAGACCCUCGGUGUCGAGUUCAGCGGUAUAAUUGAGGAACUCGCUUCAGAGAGUGAGAAUGGUUUCAAGAAGGGCGAUGCUGUAUUUGGUUUGGCAUACGGUGGUGCUUAUGCAGAGUACAUUGUCGUCAGCACACAUAUGCUUGUCCACAAGCCUGAUGAAUUGAGCUUUGAGGAGUGUGCUGGUAUUCCCGAGGCAAAACACAGNACAUGGAUUACAGCCCUUCAAGCAAUGUACAUGGUCGCAGACUACAAACCCAACCAAUCCAUCCUCUGGCACGCCGGCGCCUCCAACGUCUCCAUCGCCGGAAUCCAACUCUCAAAAGCCGACUCGGCCUCCAAGAUCUUCGCCACCACCCGCUCCGACGAAAAGAACAAAUUUGUCGUUGAAAAGCUAGGUGCAACUGCUGCUUUCAACUCGGAAACCCAAGACUGGGCUGAGGAGCUUUUGAAGGCUACAGAUGGCCAGGGUGUAGACGUCAUUGUCGAUUUCAUGGGUGCUGGCUUCUUUGCAAGCAAUUUGAAGGCUGCUGCUAAGGAUGCCCAUAUCGUUACUUUGGUAACUUUGACGGGCAUGAAGUUGCCCGCUGAGACUGAUAUUGGUGCUUUCUUGUUCAAGAGAGUGAGAAUGGAGGGUUCGACACUCAGGGCAAGAGAUGAAAAGUACCAGGGCAAGUUGAGGGACCAGCUUGUCGAGCACGCUCUUCCCAAGUUCAAGGAUGGCACUUUCAAGGCUUACGUUGAGAAGGUCAUGGAUUGGGAGAAGAUUGUCGAGGCUCACCAGCUCAUGGAGUCUAACAAGACCAAGGGCAAGAUCAUCAUGACCAUCAACUGGUAA